GUUCGGCACUCGUUCACUCUCAGGCUUACUGGAAUUGCAAAAAGAUUAUGUUUCGGAGUAUAAUCAAGCAAACCCGCCGUUAAAAGUAAUUCUUUCGGUUCCUGCCGGAUCCUUCAGAGAUAAAAAGCGAAAGGCCAAUCGCAAAGUGUAAACGGAGACAGUUCUGGCUUGUUUGCGGAAACUAAUUAAGGAACAUGCGAUCGGCGAAGCUGGCAACUUGCUGUUUAACAAGAAUCGUGAUUUUGGUGUUGUAUGUAACUACACUUCAACCUACUUCCUUGCUUGCUACUUUAAAUGUAGAAGGCAUUGAGAAGUACGUUAUUACGAGAAGAAGUAGAUAUGAUACUGACGUGUUCAAGGUGGUGUACAAAACUGGCUUCGAAUGCCCUUCAAAUGUUUGUGCGAACGUCUCGGCUUUGGUGAACAUAACCACACCGUGUAGCUGUUCGUGUAAACGUGAAACUCAAACCUUCCUCCCAGAGUUGGGAAGUUGUGGUGAUACAACAAGUAUAAAAAAGUCUCUCUUUGGAAAUUGCUCAAAAGCACUUGGUUUGGAAAGUGGGAAAAUAAGUGAUUCCCAAAUCAGGUCCAAAACUAGUAUCACGGGAUUUCAUUCUUCAGAAGGGAGACUGAAUAAUAAGAAAGCCUGGUGAACCGGAAAAAAUGGGAAUUUGUUUGAGAUUGACUUGCUGGAGGUCAGGCAUGUCUCAGCCUUUGCUACUCAAGGAUACCUAGGAAAUUUUGCUAACUUUGUUAAGAUGUUUGAGAUAAAGUACAGCUAUGAUGAUGUAACAUGGUUUGAUUACAAAGAUGAAAAUGGUAAAAAAAAGCAAUUUACAGGAAAUAAAGACACAGACACCAUAAAAUACAAUUAUUUCAAAGGAACUUUUGAAACAAGAGUCCUCAGAAUAUAUCCUAAAGAGCAUAAUGAACCAGGGUACAAGUGUCUCAGUGUUGAACUAUAUGGAUGUACUGAUAAUAGUGUUUGCUCUCGUUUCUUUGAGUGGGACUUUUUCCUGCAAUCCCUCAACCUGGCAAAUAAAGGAGAAGUGAAUAUUGUUUCAGAUGAUAGCUAUCAAAGCUGUCAAGUUGUUCCUGGAGGUGCAGCAUACUACGAUUAUCAACUGGAAAACAAAUGGGUGGGGAUAAACGCAGACAUCUUCAGUGUGGAAAAAAAACAAAGCAAUCAAGUUUUCAAGUGGGCAGAUACCACAGAGAAGAACCACUUGGGAAGAAUUGUUCGUGUAAAUGUCACUUGCAAUUAUUCGGCAUCUGUAUCUGGACCAGCAAAAACUGCUUGUCUGAUUUUCAAGACCUCAGGACAAAUCACAUUGAUGCUGGGCACUGUGCCAAAGACAACACCAUACAUUUCUCCAAAGAUCUCGGUAACUGUUUCUACAGAACCAACAGAACCUUCUAAGACAUCUUUAGUGACCGAACCUUUUGGAAACUCAGGGAACAAAGACGCAAGAACGAAUGAGAACAACAGUGGAUCUGGAGUUUUGAUUGGUGUUGCUGUGGCAUGUGCAGUUGUGUUUGCAAUUGCUCUCAUUGUUCUUGUUGUGUUUUGCAAGAGGAGAAGAUCGAAAAACAGUCAGCAAGGAACACCGUCAUCAGUGAGAACAACAGCGGGAAAACAUUUCACAUCUUUUAGUGAUCAAGAAAGUCAACCAACCUACCAGGAUGUUGUCAAAGACAGUGAACCAAGGUAUGGAGGAGCGAUCUACAGCGCACCUGAAGUAAACAGAUAUGAAAACCGUGCUCACCAAAGCCUGGACGAAAACGUUUUGCAGACACCAGGGCACCACACCUUAAACAGAGGACAACAUCCCACAGGGCAACUAACACGUGCUGCAACGGAACAAUCAAGUGCAGUAACUGAAGCUGUCUAUAACGUCCUUGAAAAACCUGAUAUUUCACAAGAAAAUGAUCAGGGCUCCCUUUAUAGUGUACUUGAGAGGCCUCCCACUUUUAGGAGCUGCCAGGUACCGCAAGUGGAAAACCCAGUGUAUAAUGUGCUUGAGGGGCCCAAUCCUAAGCAGGACCAACAGGAACCUCUUUAUAAUGUCCUAGAUAACGGCCCUGAUACUAAUGGUGGAGCCUUUGAAGAUGGUGUAAAUGAUGAAUACAGUUAUGAUGUGCUUGAGAGGCCCGGCCCCAAACAGCACCAACAAGAACCUCUUUAUAAUGUACUAGAUAAUGGCCCUGGUGCCGAUGGUGGAUCUUUUAAAGAUGGUGCAAAUAAUGAAAACCUGUAUAAUGUGCUUGAGAGGCCAGAUUCAGGUGCCGGACCAAAUAGUGGUGAGGAAGAGUAUGCUGCUCCAAGAGAGCCCCUUUCCCCAGGUGGCCGUAACAACCCAUCCUAUGAGCAAACUCUGGGGUUUGAUGUAUCUUAUGACAGAAGCAGGUCCGGAAACGGAACAGUGUAUGAGGCUUUGAGAGGCGGUGAUGGCGAUGACAUGUACCAGCCUUUAAAAGUAACUUAAGUUCUAAGCUUUAGAGCGUAGUCAAAGAAAUUGCUGCCAAUACAUCAAUUUAGUGCUAGUUUUAGUACUCGCUUACUCAAACCUGAAUGAGCCUGAACUGCCCUUUAACUCGCAGUAGUGAAGCCAUAUCCUUUAAAGUACUUUUUUCUAGUGUUUUUUUAGCAUUUUUUUAGUUAUCAGGAAAUUCGCACUCAAUUUCUCCAGAAGUUUCCAAUUAGGAGAAAUCUACCGUAGUUUCCUUUAUUUUUGCUUUUUUUUUUCAAAUGAGAACAAAGAAACUGCAACGGUUAUCCGAAUCAGGCAGGCAUUGUAAAAUUUUAGUUACAGUUACAUAGAACUGUUUGAAAUUCGAUGAGGUUACUUUGAAAAUACUUAGAACGUAUGCCAAGUGUAGAAAAAAACAAUAUUUUGACCAAGUCUUCGUUAGAUUUACAUUUUAUUAGAGGGUGACAGGUUUUUCGGCUAACAGUGAAAGUUUUGACCAUUUUGCGGCUAACGGUUUACCCAAAUUGGCUUUAAACAUCGGAAAAAUUUCUAUGAUUAUUAUUAUUUUCUUUUGCGAGCCACGGUUAAAAUUUGUCAGUUUUUACGCUUAACGACUAAUAUAAAUUUCUUUGCUGUUUGACGGCUAACGGCUAACCCUAUUAAGAACCUCUUAUUAGGUAGGGCAUAGAAUUAUUUAGACCAACUAUUUUAUACUUUUGUUACUACACAUUUACUCCCGGCAGCUUGCAUGCCACGCUAUGCUAUUCACUUGUCGCCAUGUCGUAUGUAGUAAGUACCUCGUACUAACCGAGUUUAAGAUCUGUACUGGAAGGUACGGACGGCAUUUUAUUUUAUUUUAUUUUAUUUUUAACGUGCGUGGGUUAUAAAUUCGAACAGAAACGUCGAUCGUUCCACAACUUUCAGUACCGACCGAGAAAACGAGGUUGGUAAGAUUUUUUUUUAUUAUAUCUCUAGGUUCAAAGAAAGCGGACAGAUUUCACUUCAAAAAAACAUUUUGAAUUUAGCAGGCCGUCCAAUCAAAUACGGCCUACGAGAUCGUCCAAUCAUAGUGCACGCGCUUGAUAGGGAUAUAGGAAGAGGCAUGACAUUAUAUGGAAAUGAGCAGUCGUUCGUAUCGGUCAGCGGACUUUUGUUAUCUCAGUAAGAGGAAACUUUACAAUUUAUGUAACUUCUAGGGAAUUAUUAUAAAGACGUUCUCGUAGAGAGGUCAAAUCUAUUCCUUGAUCGAUUAUUUAAUUUUUUAAAAUAAAUGAGUAUGUAAUUGUUUUUUUUUCA